AUGACAGACAACUCAAAUAUUGUUAAAAUUGACGCUUUAGGCGAAACCAAACUAUUCCAACCAAUUAAGCUCGGUGCUAAUACACUUUCUCAGCGUAUUGCUCAUGCACCAACUACUAGACUUAGAGCAACUGAGGACAAUGUGCCCACAGAUUUGCAAUUGGAGUACUACAGAGACCGAGCACAAGCACCAGGAACUUUGCUCAUUACAGAAGCUACAUAUGUCAGCGAAGGUGGGAUUGGAUUACCUCACACUCCAGGGCUUUGGAAUGAUACCCAAGCUAAGGCUUGGAAAAAGAUCACUCAAGCAAUUAGAGAGCAAGGAUCUUUUUCUAGUGUUCAAUUGUGGCAUUUGGGACGUACUGCAUUUCCAGAAGAGUUAAAGAAAAGAGGAUUGCCAUUUGUUGCCCCUUCUGCACUCUACGACAGUGAAGAGAUGGAAAAGCGUGCCAAAGCGUGUGGCCAUGAAUUGAGAGCAUUGACUAAACUGGAAAUUGAGCAAUUGAUCAACGAAGACUUUCCCAAUGCAGCUAGAAAAGCUCUUGCUGCUGGGUUUGAUUAUGUUGAGUUGCACUCUGCUCACGGAUAUUUGUUGAGUCAAUUCUUGAACCCUGUUAGUAAUCAGAGAACUGAUGAGUAUGGAGGAUCCAUUGAAAACCGUGCUCGUUUGUUAUUGGCCAUUGUUGAUAAAUUAAUCCCCAUAGUUGGUGCCAACAGAUUGGGUAUUAGAUUUUCGCCAUGGGCUACUUUCCAGGUUAGUAAACCGGAAGGAGCAGAAAUCCAUUCUUAUAUUCUUCAGGAAUUGCAAAAACGUGCUGAUGACGGAAAUGAGUUGGCCUAUGUGUCCUUAGUCGAGCCAAGAGUUUCUGGUAUUGUUGAUGUCAGUGCCGAAGACAUUCAUGGGUCCAAUGACUUUGUAUCCAAGAUUUGGAAAGGGUCACUUAUUAAAGCAGGUAAUUAUACUUACAAUGCACCCAAGUUUACCGAGUUGGUUCGUGAUAUCGAUAAUGAUAGAACUCUCGUUGCUUGGUGCAGAUUCUUUACAUCGAAUCCAGAUUUAGUGGCUCGCUUGCAAAAUGGUUACCCAUUGCAACAUUAUGAUCGUGAUACCUUUUAUCAACCAUAUAACUGGGGUUAUAACACAUGGAAUAAGUAUGACGAAACUAAAGAAUACGAUGAAGAAGCCGAAAAGAAGAGAGUUGGAAAGGCAUUGGCUUAG